AUCAAAAUCGCGCGAAGUGUCGUAGAAUACCCGAAGCGGCGGUGAAUGUUCUUCGAUUAAAAUCAUUAUUACGCCUUCUUUUGUACUAUUCUUGUACUAAGUUCUUUCAAAAUUGAUCAAUGAUUGGUGAUAUCUCUACCAGACUUUAACUUUAUUGUGCAACAUUGUUGGAGUGAUUACAAUUGUUCAAAAAUGAGUAACCAACUGUCGCAAGGAUCCCUUGAGGUUAUUAUGAAUGGCGGUCACUAUGACAAGCCGAUAAUGCAAGUGCUAGGUAGCAAGAAGAUUCAAGGCAGUGGUGCGAACGAGAGGUUCCGGCUGCUGGUGUCGGACGGCAAGCACUCGCACAGCUUCGCCAUGCUGGCGACGCAGCUUAACGACAAGCUGAUCACUGGGGAACUGUCUGACUAUUCCGUUGUGCAGAUUGACCGGUUUGUCACGUCUUUGCUGAAGAAUACGGGGAAGGGAGAGAAGAGGGUCAUGAUUAUCCUAGACUUGACUAUACUGACCCCAGGCUCAGAAGUAGGCAAGAAGCUUGGCAACCCUCAGACCUGGACGGAAGACAGCGCAGUAUCUGCCCCACAGCCGGCAAUGCAGCCUGUGCCUCGACCAGUGCCGGCCCCAGCUCCCAUGACGGUGUCUAAGCCAAUGGCGGCACCGUCUAUGGACUCCAGCAUGUUGGCUUCACAGAUGACACAUCCUAUUUCAAGUCUCAGCCCUUAUCAGAACAAAUGGGUGAUAAAAGCGCGUGUGAUGAGCAAAUCCCCGAUCCGCACAUGGAGCAACGCUAAAGGCGAAGGCAAACUCUUCAGCAUGGACCUGUGCGACGAGAGUGGCGAGAUUCGCGCCACCGCCUUCCGGAAUGAGGUCGAUCGGUUCUAUGACAUGCUGCAGGUUGACAAAGUAUACUACAUAAGUCGCUGCCAGCUUAAGACUGCCAACAAGCAAUUCACGAGCCUGAAGAACGACUAUGAGAUGACGUUCUCCGCUGACACAGUCGUCUCCGAGUGCAUGGAGGACGCGUCUUCAGUGCCAACCAUCAAAUACGACUUUGUGCCCAUCAAUGAGAUUGGAAACAAGACUACGGAUUCCUUACUCGAUGUGAUCGGAGUAUGCCGCUCUGCGUCAGAUGUGCAGGAACUCACCGCUAGAAGCACGGGCAAGCUUCUCAAGAAAAGAGAAGUCACUCUUGUUGAUUCUACCGGUGGCGCAGUGGUGCUUACACUGUGGGGCGGUGAAGCAGAAAGCUUUGAUGGCAGCUCAAACCCUGUUGUGUCUGCUAAGGGGGCGCGUUUGGCAGAAUUCAACGGCAGCAAAUCCUUAUCCUGCCUGGCGAGUACCAUGAUCCGGCUCAACCCGGAUUUGCCGGAGGCGCAUAAGCUGCGCGGCUGGUACGACAACGGCGGCGCUAACAUGGAGAUUGUCAACAUCUCAGCCAGAUCCGGCGCUUACGGCGGCGGCAGCGGCGAAUGGAUCACGUUCUCAGAAGCCGAGGCGAAGCAGCUGGGCUCGGGCGACAAGGGCGAUUACUACAGCCUUCUCGGCGUGCUAACGUUCACGUUCACCGACAACGCCGUGUACAAGGCCUGUCCUCAGGAGCAGUGCAACAAGAAGUUGGUGGACCAAGAAAAUGGACUGUUCAGAUGCGAAAAGUGUAACAGAGAAUAUCCUAACUACAAGUACCGGCUGCUUUUAGGGGCCAACGUAUCUGACCCGACCGGCGACCAGCGCAUCACGGCCUUCAACGAGGCGGCGGAGGCCAUGAUAGGCAAGAGCGCCGCGGACGUCGGACGCAUGUCCGAGUACGACAAGGCUGGAUAUACUGCUGUGUUUGAGGACAUCAAGUUUAGGACCUUUGUCUUCAAGUUCAGGACCAAGAUGGAGACUUAUAGCGACGAAGCCCGCCUCAAGACCACGGUGAUGAACGCCGCGCCCGUGGACUAUAAGGACGCCAACGCCAGACUCAUCAAAAGCAUUAAGGCCGUUACGGGCGUCGAAGUUUAGGGCUCCUAGUUUAACCUAGUUUUUAAACUAA